AUGCUCGAACUUCCUUGGACAAGACUUGUUCGCUUCGUCGAUCAGCAGGGUGUCAUUUGCUAUGGCAACUUGUUUAACGAAGGCGAUGAUCACGCACAACUUCUCGAAGGCGAGGGCCCAUUCUCAUUGCGUGCGACCGGAAAACAGGUCGCUAUAGGCAAAAUCCUCGGUCCACUCACCCCAGCCGACGUUCCCUUGGUACGAUGCAUCGGACUCAAUUACGCCACCCAUCUUAGGGAAACGGGACACCCUAAUCCAACGAAUCCUACGCUGUUUAUCAAGCCAGCUCCAGCAGUGGCGGAUCACAAUGCGGCGAUUCCUGUGCCCAAGAUAGCGCAGGGUAAGAUGGACUACGAAGGCGAAUUGACUAUAUUGAUCGGUAAAGACUGCAAGAAUGUCAAGCCGGAAGAUGCGUUGGAUGUCAUCGCCGCUUACACUGUUGGUAACGAUCUGUCUGCGCGCGACUGGCAGACCGAGCCGGAGAAAGCAGGAUCGCGACCUCAAUGGUGCUUCGGCAAAAGCUUUGAUCAGUUUGCACCCGUUGGCCCGUACCUGGUAUCGCCGAAGCUUGUAGGUGAUUGCAAAGGUAGCACGCUCUCGACGUAUGUAAACGGAGAGAGACGUCAGCUGGGUGAGAUCAGCGAUCUGGUCUUUGGUGUUCGUGAUCUGGUGGCUUUCUGCUCUCAGGGACAGACAUUGGAACAAGGCACACUGAUCAUGACAGGUACGCCUGGAGGAGUGGGUCUUUUCAUGAACCCGAAGACGUUUCUGCAAGACGGAGACGAGGUCGUGGUCACAAUAACCCAGAUCGGAUCGUUGCGCAAUACGCUCAAAUUCGAGUAA